GUGACGUGAUAUUAUUGUGAAUAAGUUUAUAAAAAAAGUGCUGCUGUCAAACGUACACUCGAAAUUAAUUACGCUGGAGAUUAUUUGCAAUUGGAAUAGAAACGAUGCUUAAUGGAAUAUUUCAAAGUGGCAACAAAUGUUGGAGAUUGUUUUAAGAUUGAAAUAUUGACUGUAACUUUACGUGAAUAAUUUAAAAUACUUUACAUGAGGGAUUCGUUUGGAGUGUUGGCAUCUGAUGCUCAUUAAAUGAAUUCGUGGAACGCGUAAAAUCUGUUAACUGCCACAGAAGAAAAAUCAGUACAGACGAAAAAAGAGUUGUGAGCAGGAUUGUGGAAGCAGAAAGUCACCAUAACAGCCGAGAGUAAAUACCAGUGAGCAAAUUGACUGAUAAGCCAUUUGACGCAUAGUCAGUUUUCCAGUUGAUCGUUAGACGCCGUCGUUAUUUUCAACGCUCACUAGUUUAUGUAUAUUCAUGUAAAAUAUCACAACGACGCCAUACUAUAAUAAAGAUUCAGAAUUUUACAAAACAAAAGAGCAGAGGUGAAAAAUAAAAGCAUAAAAGGAGAGAAUACGAAAAAGGUUCAGCUCAAAUUUUAUUGUGCGUGUGAUUAAAGCGUAGCGAUAAGCGGCCAUUAAAAGCAUAACUACUGACCGGUGUAGCCGUGGCCCGAAAGCACAAGCCAGUAUUGCUUAGAGACUGUAUCUAAAGUGAGUGAAUAAUUCAAACGCUGGACACGUUGCUGUCAAUCAGCCGCACCGACGCAUUGACGCAGGCGACAGUGCAAAGGCGUGGACGUGGAGGCGGAGGUGGUAGCGCCGCUGCAGUUGGUGCAGGUGGAGUUGCAGGCAGAGGCAGCAUUAGUCGCUGGACCGAAAUACCAUUGGGCAUAAACACGCGAAAUAUGCCACACACAGGUCAGGCUGGCGUUAACCAACUGGGUGGCGUUUUUGUCAAUGGCCGGCCAUUGCCUGACUGUGUGCGCCGCCGCAUUGUCGAGUUGGCACUUUGCGGUGUUCGUCCGUGCGACAUAUCGCGGCAAUUACUGGUCUCGCAUGGUUGUGUUUCGAAAAUAUUGACGCGCUUCUAUGAGACUGGUUCUAUACGACCGGGAUCGAUUGGUGGCAGCAAAACCAAGCAAGUGGCCACACCCACCGUUGUCAAGAAGAUCAUUCGCCUGAAAGAGGAGAACAGCGGCAUGUUUGCUUGGGAAAUUCGGGAACAGCUCCAACAGCAACGCAUCUGCGACCCAUCUUCGGUGCCCUCGAUCAGCUCCAUCAACCGCAUUCUGCGCAACAGUGGUCUGUGGACUGAUGAGAUGACGUCGAGUCAGCAAAAUGCUGCUGCCGCCGCUGCAGCCGCACAGCAAAUGUCAACUGCCGCGUACGCCACGCAGGCGCACAUUUAUGCGAAAGCGCCGCCGCCGCCGCUACUGCUGGCAGCAGUAACACCACCGCCGGCUGUCAACCAGGCCCUGAGGGUGCCGGCAUUGCCACAACAACACUCCGUCGGCGAUAUGCCCAUCAAACCCGCACCGAAACAUCCCACCGUGGCGCAUAUGGCAGCCCUGACCGCCACUGGUGGUAACAACUCAGCACUGGCGCAACUCUCGGCUACCGUUUCCUCAGCGGUGUCGGGCCAUCUAAGCGCACAGGAUCUCAGCUACACGGCAUUGCACAAACAUUGGCUCUGGCAUCCCUCGCUCCUGUAUUAUUCGACGCAGCAUUCUGCGCAAACCGCCAACCAGUUCUUACCCUAUGCGCAAGCUCAGUGUCCAGCGUAUUUCCAUGCCGGCGGUAGUGGUAGUAGCAGCAGUGGCAUUGGCAGCAUGCUGAGUACUGAAGGCACUAUUGAUUUGGUCGCACACAGCGCCGGCGACGCGCUUAGCGAUUGUGAUUCGGGCAAAUCUUCGCCGGCGACUUCGCUAAAUGCCGCACCUACCACGGGUUCGUUGAGCGGCAGAGAGUCGACUCACAAUAAAGUCACCAACUGUCGCAAACGCAAUCCCUACUCCAUUGAGGAGCUUUUAAAAAAGCCCGAGAAGCGAUUGCGUUUACAUGCUAAAAGUCCGCGCAAAGAGGACGAAUCAAGUGGCAGUAGCAUCAGUUCGAGUGGCAGUAGUCGGAGUAGCUGCUGCGAUGAUAGCUGUGAUGAGACGCGUAGCCAGCAGACAGAAACGCUGGUCACCGACGAUUGCAACGACAAUGUGGAAGUGGUGAACUAAGUUGGAAAAUGUAAUACGAACAAUGAGAAAAGUAUUUAUUAAAAUGGAUUAUUGAUUUAUUUAUAUGAAAGUCGCACUGUAAUUAAUUGGAUUAAAAGUGUA